AUCGCAAAAUGGGCUGUUUCGGGAGCAAAGAUAAGCUGAGCAAAGAGGAUAUGGAUUUUCUGAAAUCGCACACGAGAUACGACGAGGCGACUAUAAAGGAAUGGUACAAAGGAUUUAAACAAGAUUGCCCGAACGGCAGACUAACGCCGGCAAAAUUUGUCGACAUGUAUAAAAUGUUCUUCCCGUCGGGCAACGCGGAGGAAUUUUGCGAUCACGUUUUCCGCACAUUCGACAUGGACAAGAAUGGCUACAUCGAUUUCAAGGAAUUUUUGUUGGCUAUCGAUGUAACGUCUAGCGGGACGCCAGAGGAAAAACUGAAAUGGGCUUUCCGUAUGUACGAUGUCGAUGGAAACGGUGUCAUUGACAUUCAAGAAAUGACCAAGAUCGUUCAGGCAAUAUACGACAUGCUCGGUGCAUGCUCGAGCAACAGACCGGCAGAUAGCGCGGAAGAAAGAGCGAAGAACAUCUUCGCGAGAAUGGACGAAAAUAAUGACGGUCAACUUACCGAGGAGGAAUUUUUGAAAGGUUGCCUUCAAGACGAGGAACUUUCAAAAAUGCUGGCCCCUUAAUUUCCUCUCUCUCUCUCUCUCUCUUGUCUCGGAUAAUCGAUGAUCGAUUGAUGAUCGACUCACCGAAUGAAAGAAACAAAUCUAUCCUUCGUGCCGAUCGUUCUCUAUAUUAUCGAACGUCGAUAACGUCGGUGCGAGGGAGAAAAAAAUGGAGGGAAAAUCGGUGUUUUUUCUUCACGGUCCAAUUUCGAACUCGAGUCGGCAAAUUUCCCUCCCCUCCCCUCCCAACAGACAAUCCAUCCGAUUUCUAACCGAACUCGUUCACCCUCGGGAAAAUUAUUAAACGGCGAAGAAAGAAGACGAGUGUGUAGAGUUUUAUUAUUCUAGAAUCGGAUCGAGUUUGAAGUUCGACCGAUGCUUCUCCGCACCAAGUACCUAAAAAAAAAAUUGACGUUUCAGGUUAGAAACGUUGACGGUUAGAUUUAUAACGUUUUUCUCUCUCUCUCUCUUUCUUCUCUUUCUCUCUUUUCAAAGAUCGAAACAAGCGAGACAGUUUGACUCUCCCCUUUAAAUUCGAACAACGACGAAGAAAAAGUUAGCUAGGAUAUUUGGCGAGAGUGAUGGUGACACACAACGAAAAUCGCGAGAGGGUAGUGUCGAAGUAAAUAGGACAAAUCGAUUUUCGAUCGAGGGAUGCAGUUUUGUAUAUUGCACGAUAUAUACGUUUUACAUUGAAAAAGAAAGGAAGGUACGUCAUAUUAACGUAUUGAUUAAUCGACGAUGAAUUAUCGUUUUCAUUCGGAAAUAUUCAUCCCCCGUUCAUUCCCCGUUGAACGAGAAGAUAGAAGACGAUAUUCACACGAGUGGUUUGACAAAAUGGGUUGAACGAAUAUAUAAGGAGAUUCGUAGCUUCGCUUUUUACUUAUAUGUACAGCCGUUCGAUGGACGGACCAAAAGUGCCUAAAGUUCGGCAUCCCGACGAAACGUAUGAUGAACGUGAAGGCAGGUCGAUGUACACGGACGGAUCACGUAAUUAAAUAGCAAUGACCUAAUAAUAAUAAUAAUAAUAAUUCGAUUCGAAACAAAUUCGACAUCGCAUACGUUACGGUAUAAAAAUUCCGUGUAUCGAAAAUACGAUGCGUCUUUUUUUUUUUUUUUUUUUUUUUACGUUUUCUUACCCGUCGAAAAAUUCGUAGACCUGUGCACACCGAACUCGUUCAAACAGAUAUAUAAAUCGUCCUAAAUCGUGUAAGGGAAGAUAUUUCAAAUUUCACGUCUACGAUGACUUAAUUUUACACCGAUCGUUUCCUCGUUUUCCAACUUUCUAUCUAACCGGUGUAAAUAAAAUGUGUAUCUAUGAACCGAGCUUAAAACGCGAUAUUUUACGACGCGAAUCGUAUCAUUCAAACGCUUCGAUCGCUUUCGUAGAAUUUUUCGUAAUUAAUUAAUUAAUUAAUUAAUACGAUAACAAAGCUUUUUCCCCCCCUUUCAUCCAACAAUUCUGCCGAAUAUUUUGUAUUUCGAGGAAUUUCGUCCUUUGUAUGUCCUAUUAUAUAAUCAGCCUAAAUAUGCAUUUAAUAUAUAUACAUAUAUAUAUAUAUAUUUUUAAUUUUUCUGAAACUUUAAAUUCGUAUUCUAAUUCAAUUUUUAUUGACGUAUGUAUAAUUUCCCAUAUAUAUGUAUAUAGCGCGGUGAACGUGUAUGCAACACUCAUAUACAUCGCCUAAAACUAGAACUCGAAACUUUUUCCGUUGUUUUUAGCGAUAAAAAAAGAAGAAAGUAUUAUCGAUUCGUUCGAACACCACGAAAAUAAAAGUAUUAUAAAAAUACGAAUUUUACGUUUUUUUUUUUUUUUUUCAUAUUUAAAAAUCGUAUCGAGAAUUAAAUUUAUCAUCGGAAGGAAAAUGUAAGUUCGUUCGAACAGAAGAAAAAAAAAAUUGUGAUUAAAAAUGUCAAGAAGCGAAAAAAAUUCGUAAAAGUGUUUGGGAGAGAAAUGGACGGCACGAUGUUUAUUUACCUUCGCAAAGCGGUAAUUAUUCUAUCGAUUUUCUCUUCGAAGAAACGUUGGGUUCUAGUCUUGGGUGAUGCACGCAUACUAUACCUAAUUACGUGUAGUAUAUGUUAGCAGCGUAGUAUGGAACGAUUCGCGGUAUACGUACAACUGAGAAGAUAAACGUACGAAGUCGUACGAAGAAUCGACUUGGAAUGUCCUUUUAUCUGUCUGCCUCGAACAUCAACAAUACACGGUACGCAUCGAUACGAUAAUUAUAGAAAAUUCGAACGGUUCGAACGUGUGAAAAUACAAUCAAAUACAAUCAACAUUUUGGUGUCGUUUCACCAUACGUUGAUCCAUAACUCCACAACAACGACACUUAUAUAUAUAUAUAUAUAUAUAUAUAUAUACAUGAAUUUCACGCAACAAUUAAGCUAGCAUUGUAUAUGCGUGCAAUAUAAUAUAUCUAUUACGAAGAAUAUUUAACGUUAUCGCGUAAUAUACGCAUCAAAAGUCACGCUCCUUAAAUUAUUUAGGGUAGUAACGAGAUUGUAUUUCAAAUCCAUAGUAAGUUUAACAAAAUAUCGAAUAAAUAAACGGGAAAAAAAAAAGGAAAAAAAAUGAAAAAUAGGGCAACCGUGUUGCCCCCAUU